AUGAUAACUGACGAAGGAAAAUCCUCAAAAAGAGAAGAAUAUUAACUCCUAUCAAACUACAUCAAUGAAAUGGAUGAAGAAAAGUUCAACAAAAGCUUAGUCUUAGACUACUAUUCUGAAAAGGGACUCAACCCAAUUCAAAUGGCCAUUUCUUCUAGAUACAUAUGCAUUUUAUUUGAGCCGUUUUAGGCUAGCUAAGAGCUACACAUUUUAUAAAGAUAUACACAUGCUAUCCUAUAUCAAACAAAUCUUUCUUCCAAUGUAUCAACUUUCCACCUCUAUGAUCCAAUUGAUUGUCAAAUAAAAGAGAAUUAUGCUGAGGGCAAUGCACAUUUAAUCAUGACUUUAGAAAAAAAAUCUGAGUACUCAUCACAAUUCCUAUAAGUCUUGAAGAUUAGCAAUAAGAACAUAGUUUACAGUCUAAUGCAUGAAAUUGCAAUGAAAAAAUUUGAUACGUUUCAAUUCUCUGCGGUGUCUGUUGAUAUGAAAUAUUUCGCAAUUUCCAGAUUAGUUAUGACUUCAUCGGAUGAGCAAGAUGAAAAUGAUGAAAUUAAAUUUCCUCACCAUCAUCAUGUUUUAUUUGUUAGUUUAUCGAAUAAGAAAUUUACUAAUGUAGCUGAGACACCUCAACUUUUAAAAUCAAACUAACUUAGCUUAUUUCCAAAAAUUAUUUUUGUCAAUAAAAGUGAAAAAGCCUUGAUUUUCAUUCACGGAGUUGAGAUUCAGCUCUAUGACAUUACCUAAAAAUAAAUUCUUUCAACAUAUAAUUUGGGUACAUAUGAAGGACUUGUGACUGGCUACUAUUAAGACAUUGAUUAGUAUUUUAUGAUUGAUAAAAAACAAUUAAAAGAAUGGAAAAUUUCUCUGAAACUUGACUAGAUCAAAUUGGUUGAAACUAAUCCAAUCAUUGAUUUAGAUCCUGAUGUUGAAAUUGAAUUUUCAGUGAAUUGCAUUCCUUAUCAUCAUUAAUUGAAAAAUAUGACUGCUGUUUAUUUAGAAAAUAAUAACUCUUGCUUUUGUGUUGAUUAAAAGGCUUUUGAACUAACAAUAGACAACAUUAAAUAUUCAAGGGCUAUUAUUUUACCAAAACUUAAAGUAUAUUAUGCAAUUAGGAGUACUGCCCCUUUUCAAUGCAUUAUACUUGAUUUGAAUAACUUAGAAACAAGUUUUGUAACCACAAUAUAAUCAUAGAACAUUAUUUCAGGGUGCUAUACUUCUUCAGAUUUAUCACAAAUAGUGAUUUCUGAUUCUAACUUUUAAUAAAGUGAUAUUACUUAAGGAAUUUCAGUCAUUCAAAGCUUAACUAGAUUUUUCAAGGAGAAUCUAUCAAAAAUUACAAUAAGUAAUCUAAAGUUGGUAAAAUGGUUCAGUUUUAAUGGAAUAUUUAUAACAAUCUAGCUUGAAAGAAAUUUUAGAGUUUUUGAUCUAUCUUAAAAUAAGGAAGUUUUGAGUGCUCUUGGAAUGAAAAUAAUGUUUUCUGAUGAUUAAAAAACAUUGAUUGUGAAUGUUAGUGGUUAAUAUUACUAAUUUUAUGAAUGGAAUAUAGAUGAAGGCUUUUUUUAGAUAAAAAAGGUGUCUUUAUUGAAUAUUAUUUCAAGAAUAGACUUUCUACCUGGAUAAAAUUCUCAAGUAGUAAUAUAUGAUGCAAAUCAAAAUUGCCUAAUAUUAAGAGAUUUAUCAAUGAAUACUAACAUAGUGCUGAUGGAAAAAUUAACUUAUUCCUUUGAAAAGUACUCCCUUUUAAGUAAUAAUCUUAUCUCUUUUACUGAAACAAGGUCUUCCUAAUAAGGAAAGUAAAACUUCUUGAUUAUUUAUAACCUUGAAUAAUAAUAUCCUGAAUUGGAGUAAGCUAUUGAAGACUAAAUUUUGGAUAUAAAGCUUUCUCUUGACUAAAAAUUUGUUUAUUUAUCUACCCCCUCAGAAAUUAAAGUUUUAGAUAUUAAAAAUCUUAAAAUUGUCGUAUGCAAAUACAUGGUUUAAAAUGUAAAUCAAAUCAUAGAAAAAUCAGAUUAAACUUAUUUGAUCUGCAAGUAAUAGAUAAGGACUUAAAUAUUUGGAGUAAAAACAUUGAAUCCAAUCUUAAAAGCCAAAUUACCAACUACAACUGAUUCAUUUACUUCUAGUAUUUUCUUGAUGAAGUAUAUUAUUUCAGGACUUAAUCAUAAUGACAAUCUUGUAAAAGAAAAUUCUUUAGUUGCUUAUUAAACAUUUCAUUAAUAUGGAAUGGUUGAUACUUUCUAUGGGAAGAAUGGAUAAACAAUUCUUCAUCAUAUAAUAUCGAAUAAUGAUCAAAGUAUAAUGCUUAAGUUUUUUGAGAAUAAUAAAAUUCAGAAUUUAUAUCAUACUACAUUCAAUGGAAUGAGUCCAUUAACAUUCGCUUACGAAAGUAAUAAGUUAUAGCAUAUGAAUAUAAUCUUGGAUUAUUUCAACAAAUUCUAAGAGAAUAUAUUUGUAACAGAUAAAGAUCUUUUGACCCUAAUGGAAUGUCCAUUACCAGCUGGAAAACUUUUAAUCUAAAAUCUUUUUACUGCCCCAAGAUUCUAUAAAUGUGCUCUACCUUUUACUGUAAACUCAAAUUAACAUAUAAUACUAAUUCCUUUUGAAAAAAAUAUUAUUGGACAACCACUAUGCGAUGAAGUAGUAGAUAGAUUUCAUGAAAACUCAGGUGAAGAUAUUGUCCUUCAAACUUGCUCGAGUAUUUUUGCUUAUAACUUUGAAAGGGGAUCCUCUUCAAGUCUUGAAUUUCUCAAGAGAUAUUCUGAAGAAUCAUCUGAAGAAGUUGUACGGUCUAACUUAAGAUUUAUUAUAGCUAAAAAGUAUGAUGAAUGCAUAGUAUUUCUUAGAUUACAAGCACUCACAUUUUACCUUUUCCUAGUAUCAUUCUUUAUAAGGCAGAUAUUCUUCUAUGAAUCCUUAAUUUAUACCAUCUACAUGUUGUUGUUCAACACAAUAUUCAUUUUAUACGAAAUAAAUUAGAUUUAAAAAUCAGGAGUAAAAAGGCAUUUUGAAGACCUUUGGAAUAUCACUGAUAUGAUAUCCUUUACUUUGUUUUAUAUUAACUGUAUAAGAAAUUUCGUUGAAAUUGAAUAAAAGGAUUAUUAGUUGGUUUUUACACUGAUUGACAAUGUUACACUCAUAUGUCUGCUUUUAAGAGGAAUGUCUACCUUAAGAGUAUUUGACAAUCUUAGAUACUUCAAUAAUAUGAUCAUCGAGAUUAUAAAGGAUAUGGCAAGUUUUACAAUAAUUUUAGCAUACUGGAUUAUAGGCUUUAGCUUGAUGUUUUAUUUAUUUACUCUUCAAAAGGUUUAUGAUCCUAUGGAUACCUUUGAUAUUGAAAAUUCAAGAUAAUUAAUAGUCGAUUCUCUUUAAUUUACUUACAGACUUUCAUUUGGAGACUUUGAUACUUCUGAAUUUUCUCUGCAGGAAUGGGUUCUAUUUAUUAUUUCUUCGUUUUUCAUUCCAUUGGUUUUGUUUAAUUUAAUUAUUGCAGUUAUGGGAGAUACUUAUGAUCGCGUGUAAACAUCUGCAUUGAGUGUUGAUUUAAAGGAACAAGCAAAAUUAGUGAUGGAAGUAGAAGGGCUCUUUAGAAUUAAAGAAAAACCAAAUUGCAUUAAAUUAUAGAGAUUAUUGAUAUGUCAUAACGCUGAGAUCGGAGAGGAUUCGUCAGAAUAAUUUUAAUGGGAGGGAAAAAUUAAAACUCUAUCUAAGAACAUACAAAAAAUAGAUGAUAAAAUUUAAGGAACACUAAACAUGAAGCAAGAUAUUCUUGAUGCUGUUGAUGAAGUUAAAACAAUGGUAAAAAAAUUGUAAUAGAAAAAAGAUGAAGCCCCUUGA